ACACAAAGGUACAUAUAUUUUAUUUGUAGUGUUUUUUAUGUUUGUAUCUAUCGUCAUGACUGUAAUUGUUUACCAUUGACCAGAUAAGACUUAACAUUUCCUAGUUCUGUUUUGUUUUGGUAACAAGUAACUUGAGAGACUUUUGAAGAUCAAUGUUUUAACAACUCACAACCCAUUCAAAGUGUCUAUUUGACUCCUGUCAAGUUGAAAAUGUGGUGUAGGCUACUGCUACUGGUGGUAGUCCUCUUUAGUCCAGUCACCUCGGACAUCACCGUCCCUGUCACCAAUCACUGGAAUGGAGGCUUCCAAGCGUCUGCCUGUUUCCCCAUCACUGAAGAGAUGCACUCUUGGACGGUCACACUGACAUUUGAUCAACCGCUUACCAGUUUAAAUGCCUACACUGCUGAUGUCAAGGAGACCUUGGAGGGGGGUAAAGUUUUUGUUCUCCACAAUAAAGACUGGAACAAAGAGGAGCACGUGGGGGACAAGCUGUGUUUAGACUUUCAAGGUCACGGUACCGGAGAUAUAGCACCUGUCAUCACAGGUACAAUCCACGCAGGAGACGUUACAGGAGCACCAAACACAGCAGCAUCAACCACACAGCACUCAACAUCCUCCAACAACAUGACACCAACAACUCACACAGCCUCGACCGCUAGAACGACGCAAACAGCCCAUGUUACUACCAAGCCACCAACACAUUCCACUACAGCUUCAGGGCCUACUCAUGCGCCAGUUUAUAAUGCCAACGGUUACCCAGCAACGAUGACGCUAAUAAGAGAAUGGAGCGAGGGCUUCACUGGGGAGCUGGUCUUCUACCCUGGUGAGGAUCUGCUUGGCUGGGUGGUGAACAUUACUUUCAGUUCACCAGUCACAGGUGUAGAAGCAGGUCUUGGUCAAUUUUAUAAGAAAUCCCCAGAUGGACGCGUGUUUACGAUGGUCAGUAUGCCUGACCAAGGCGUGUUCAAGGCGGGUCAGAAAAUGAGAAUGGUAUUCAUUUCACAUUUUCUGGGCAAUGGCAAGGCUCCCACAGCAACUGCUGUCUUGUAUAAUAUGGGUAAAGACACCUGGAAAGUCAAUCCUGCUGUCACUACGGACACAUCUAAAUACAACUACAACGACCUGCUCUACAAAUCUAUACUAUUCUACGAAGCUCAACGCUCGGGAAAGCUGCCAGCCAAUAAUCGCAUCCCUUACCGGGGGGAUAGCGCACUGAACGACACGGGAGACAACCACGAGGACCUCACUGGCGGCUGGUAUGACGCUGGCGAUGAUAUCAAGUUCAACUUUCCAAUGGCCUACUCUGUAACAGUUUUAGCUUGGGGCUACAUCAUGUACCCUGAGGCCUACAAGUCAGCUGGACAAGAAGAUUAUCUCCUGGACAGUAUCAAGUGGCCUCUAGACUACUUGUUGAAAUGCCACACCAAAGAUGAGGAACUAUACGUCCAGGUGGGUAACGCCACCAAGGACCACGCAUUUUGGGGACCACCAGAGAAGAUGAUACAGAAAAGGCCUUCAUUUAGAAUCAAUUCGACUAAACCCGGCACUGAUGUUGCUAUGGAAACGGCUGCAGCCUUUGCUGCAGGAUCCAUUGCAUUCAAAGCCAAAGACCCUAGUUAUUCAACAACUUUAUUGAAUCAUGCCAAAAAACUCUGGGAUUUCGGAAACAAAUACAGGGAACUGUACAGCAAUUCGCUUCCAGGUGUAUCUCCCUUUUAUAGGUCAAACAACUACACAGAUGAACUGUGCUGGGGGUCACUUUGGUUGUACCAGGCAACCAAUGACCUCACUUACUUGGCUGAAGCAGAAAAGUAUUUCGACCCUCAUCCAGCCUCGGAAUUUUCUUGGGAUGACAAAACUGUGGCCAACCAGGUUUUAUUGUACAAACUCAGAAAGCUCGACACAUACAAGAUGGCUGUUGAGAACACCUUCAAGUAUUGGUUCCCCGGCGGAAGCUCACACUACACGCCGAAAGGUUUAGCUUAUAGCAUGGAAUGGGGCUCACUUCGACACGCUGCCAACCUGGCACUCGUGGCCCUUGUAGCAGCCGACAAUGGAAUCCAUACACUUGAGUACAGGCACUGGGCCAUGUGCCAGAUUCACUACGCUCUAGGAGACACAGGAUUCAGCUACGUCAUAGGCUUCGGGGACAAAUAUCCCCUGAGACCUCACCACAGAUCUAGCUCAUGUCCGUUCCUGCCAGCCCACUGUGGUCCACCCAUGUUGAACUUGACCGAGCCGAAUGUCCACACUCUGUACGGGGCCCUCGUGAGUGGCCCAGGCCCCGACGACAGCUACUCAGACGUGCGCACCAACUACUUGUACAAUGACGUGGCCUGCGACUAUAAUGCGGGGUUCCAGUCGGCAGUGGCAGCCCUGAAGUCUUUGUGGCUAAGAUCAGAACACCCAGAGCAACAAAAUAACGCAAAAUGUCCGUACGUUAGUGGAGGUUCGGACAACAUCAUUGGAUGAGAAGUCUCUGCCAUUAGGAUCUGAUAGCUUAUACAGGGACAAGAUUUAUUUUAACCUAUCUAAAUUUUUGUAAAAAUAGGAAUUAAUUUCAAAAGCAAUAAAAAGUAAAGUAUAUUGCACUAAAAAUGGUGUUGGUAUUUGUGAUUAAAAUAAUAUUGUAAAUAAAGUUGAUAUUUUUUUUCUGAAAACAAAAGUAUAAAUCAAUAAAGUCAUGGAAGAAAGAUAUGUCUAGCUCAAUACUGAAUAUAAACUGUUUUAAAACAUA